AGUGUCAUGCAUGGUAUUAUCUCAAACCACAAUGUUACUCCACGUUCCUUAUCGUAUCGUCACGUCACUUUACCGGUAAUAAUCAAUUUUCGUAUUUACUUCGUGUCUAAUGCCUCUGGUGUUGGACAGCUUAGCAUUGCUUGUCCUGUAGUUUUUCCUCUCGUGGAGGAAUAAAAAAGCAACUAUCCGAAAAUCUACUCCGAUUUGGAAGUAUAAAAUCUUAUAUUUUGCUAUUGUGAUCUGCCGUCUUAAAGCGCUGUACUUUCCCAACAGGUGGAGAUCUCGGCAACGGAGUGGAGGAGUGAGCAUGGGCUUAGUGGAGCGUAGUAGAUGGAGUUAGUGAUAAUUGGGCCGAAAAAGGCAGGAGCAAGCGACGGUGACGGAGACGAGGAUGGCGCUCCAGCGCGAGUGCCUCCCGCUAGGGGGGCCACGGGGGCGAGUUCACCCCCCCUGAUGGCCGUGCCCCGACCGCGGAGCUCCCAGAGCCCGCGUCCACCGCCCCUCCCGCCGCCUGCCCAAGCCCCCAAGCCCCAGCAGCUCCUCGACGAUGGCUACGGUUCCUCCAACAGCUCCCCCUACAGCAUCGUUUCAGGGGUGCCGGUGGGAAAUAGCACGAAGACGUCGCAAUUUUCUGGUGCAGGUAUGUCGCCGUUUGGAGUCACGCAAGUCAAGUAUCGGCAAGAUUCAUCCGACACCGUCAGCUGUCUCGAGCCUGAUCCUGACGACGAAGAUUCAUCGAAAAGAGAUAUGGAGGUGCGUCUGAUGUAUGAUGAUAAGUACGAGUCGUUCGUGAUUUUAGACAAUGAGUUGGUUUUCGAUAAAGUUGGCUCCAACGGUGGCCCAGACGGGCGGGAGACUUGGGAGAGUAACGCAGAUUUUCUCCUGUCAAUAAUCGGCUUCGCGGUGGAUCUUGCUAACGUCUGGCGGUUCCCAUAUUUGUGCUACAAAAACGGAGGUGGUGCUUUCCUGGUGCCUUAUACGUUGAUGCUGGUUUUCGGUGCCCUACCAUUGUUUUAUAUGGAGCUGAGUCUGGGACAGUACAGCCGUCAAGGUCCUAUCAGUGUAUGGAGGAUAUGUCCGUUGUUCAAAGGUGUGGGAUUCUGCGCGGUGCUGGUGGCGUUUUACGUGUCGUUUUACUACAACGUGAUCAUCGGAUGGUCGCUCUACUUCCUGGUGGCGAGCGCGACUCCGGAACUGCCAUGGCUUCGCUGCAACAACACCUGGAACACAGCCUCUUGUGUCGACCCGCACAACACAACCGCCCGCCACAACUAUACCUCCGCCCUCCUCCCCCACUCCGCCGCCAGCGAGUAUUUCCAUCGCGCUGUUUUGGAAAUGCAACUAAGCAGUGGUUUGGAUCAGAUUGGUUACCCCAAAUGGCAACUUGUGCUUUGUGUCCUCUGCGUUUACUGUAUGCUAUACUUGUCACUUUUCAAAGGAGUCAAAGCCUCAGGGAAAGUUGUUUGGAUCACUGCGACAAUGCCAUACGUAGUAUUAGCGAUCCUAUUGGUGAGAGGAUUGAUGUUACCCGGUGCUCUGCAAGGCAUAGUUUAUUAUUUGAAACCAGAAGUCUCGAAGUUACGUGAUACCCAGGUGUGGAUUGACGCAGCAAUCCAGAUCUUCUAUUCUGUCGGCGCUGGUUUUGGCGUUCAUUUGUCUUAUGCCAGUUACAAUAGUUUCCAUAACAAUUGUUAUAGGAGUUGCUUGGUAACAACGGCUGUAAAUUGCUUCACUAGUUUUUUCUCUGGACUUGUAAUUUUUACGUAUUUGGGCUUCAUGUCGUUUCGGCAAGGGAUCCCUAUUAGCUCAGUGGCGACAGAAGGUCCCGGCCUGGUGUUCCAGGUUUACCCUGAAGCGGUUGCUACUCUUCCAGGCUCUCAAAUUUGGGCCAUGCUCUUUUUCUUCAUGCUCAUCAUGCUCGGCUUGGACUCGGCGAUGGGCGGUAUGGAGUGCGUGAUAACUGGAAUUAUGGACGAGUUCUUCCACGAUAAGCGACGGGAGCGAGCGCGUGAGGUCUUCGCUUUCUGCGCCAUCCUCGUCUCCUUUCUCGUCGCCAUCGUCAACGUCACACCCGGUGGCAUCUACGUGUUCCAUCUGUUCGAUAACUACUGCGCUGGCAUCUCUUUGCUCUGCUCGGCGCUGUUUGAGGCCAUCGCCGUCUCCUGGUUUUACGGACUAGAAAAGUUUUCUCAAGAUAUUGAGGAUAUGAUUGGUUCAAAGCCCGGGUUGUAUUGGAGGAUUUGUUGGAAGUUCAUCAGCCCAUCAUUUAUAAUUGGUGUGGUGAUGUUCGAUUUGUUCGACCACAAAUCCUUGGAGUACAACAACUACGACUACCCAGUUUGGGCGGAGCUCGCGGGGUGGGCCUUAGCUCUGUCCGCCAUCCUCAUGAUCCCAAUCGUCGCUGCUAUUCAGCUUAUCAAGACUCCUGGAACACUCAAAGAGCGAUUUGCCUACUGUAUCACGCCAGUGGAUGAGCAUGAAAGCCUCGCAAAAGGAAAACCGGUAUCAAGAUUUAAGUGCAGGCAUUGGCUCUACGUCUGAUGCAGACAAUAAUACAAGUUUCCAGCGUUGUAUCGCCAAAUCAACUGAGCUCCGAUGUGAUUGGUUCAUUCGAAAAAUUUCACACGGAAGCUGCGCCGCUGAGAGUGCGGAGGAAGUCAGUGCGCCUUCAUUUGUUCGGUAUGCAACACGGAUAGUCGUCGAGCUGUAAUAGUUGCGUCCAGGCAAUUCCAUCGAUCCAUUCCUUUUUCACCUCAUGACAAAAGUCUUAACGAUGAUGCUUGUAAAUUUUGCUUGUAACACUGUGUUGAGCGUUACAGCAACAUUAUUUUUUGACUUCUUAAAGAAAUUGCUAAAUAACACUGCCACAUUAUCGCAGUGCAAGCUCUGGGGAAACAGUCGUACGUCUUUUGUGACGCUCGAUGUGAAUUUUCAAGAUGCUCAAAUGAGCUGUAUUGUCGUCGGCGGGCAUUAGGUCUAACAAUGAGUCCGGGCCAAUUCAUUGCGAGCGAUUCCCGAACAGACAUUUCAUCACGGACGAUUCCCGAAUGAAUCUUCGUCCUAUCACUUUUUCUAGAUGAUAUAAUACGCAGCAUCAGUUCGUCAAUAUAUCAGUUGAAUCGGGACGUGCAAAAACCGCUAGAGUCCAUUUUCCCAGUCUUCAGUUUUUUGAGUUGAUAAUAAUUUUUAAGAGUCGACACAACCAUAAAAGUGACGAAAGGACUCGUUUUGGGAUUAAGGUAACCCAGAGACUAGUAUUAACGCCACUUUCGUGGUUUCAUCAAACUCCGAAAAGUAUUGUCAUCUCAAAAAAACUGAAGACAAGAAAAAGGGACAAGAGCCAUUCUCCCACGUCCCGAUUCAGUUGUCUUCUCUUUUUUAACGAAUGUGGCCCCUAGUUGGUAAAUGGACAGUCUAUAGUGAUGAAGUAUCCAUGCAAAAACUGUCUGCGACGAUUGUUCAGCGUGCAACAGGCUGCGAUAAAUUGUCCGAACAUCUCAACGUCUGACAAUACCCUCGACUAGGAUCAUUCCUCGAGUAUUGAGUAAUGCCACUAUAUUAGUUACGCAAAUAUUUGAGUAGAAUAUUAAUAACGUUUUCGCGAUAUAAACCCUAUAAUUUUCAUAAAAAAAUUUACACGCAUUCUUAAAAGUAUCAUAUUAACCUCCCCUCCAUGUAUACUCCAGCUGCUUCGGUAGCAAAAAAUAUGUGUAGCUCAACUAUCUCAUCAUGGCAAUUAUUUACGCGUAAAUCCAAGGUCAGUUUAAUCCUAACGAAUGUUAAAUAAGGAUUCCACAAAUUCUACCUGUCCUUUGAGACUAUUAACGGCCCCACUGGAUAAGUACCGUCAAGAGAGAAAAUUCGAGAAAAAAUUUAUUUCGAACCAUCACACACAAGGUGUCUAAAAGCUGUCGAGAAUUCCACGCCCCAGGCGAUGCGUGUUUUUUCAUACGUCUCAAGUUUCUUGAUCUAAUUAUGACACAAAAAAUGGUGAAGUAGUCUCAGCAGGUAAAAGUUGACUCAGGAAACUCAAAGCACCCUUCGAUGUAUAACCACUAAGCGGCGUCGCGUCGUAAGGAUAUUAUUUCUACCUGUAAUCGGCAUAAAAAUACUCUGUAGACAGGUUUAGGUCUUACGCAAUACGCAUAGCGGUGCGAUUUUCAAAACCUAGCACCAUGGUCGACCCUGUUCUAUAACCAACCAGCCGUUGAUUGUCUUAAUUUUAUUUUCUGGAUGUGAAUGGAAAAACGCCCUGUAUGACCUCCAGCUAGUUUGAAAUCUAUUUUUGCAGCGAUGGGGGCAAUGGUCAAUAGUAUGUAAGUACUAGUGAGUUUACACAAACAUUUUUGGCCACCAAGUCGUAGCUGAUUAAGACUCGUAGAUUGUGAAUAAUUGUCUCUUCCCAACAUUCGUCUGGGAUUUUUAGUAGAUGCUACUCCUCCUCAUUUAGGAAAAUCUGUCUUCCCUCAUAGCUACAUUACUGUUGCAACUUCCGUUUCUAAUGAUUGAAUUCUCCGCCAAAAGAGGAAGUAGCAGUUUUGACAAAGUAGAGGGGUCAUUGAUUAUUUCGAUUAUUUGUCAAUACAGUUUAACAAAUUCUUGGUGAAUGAUUUUGAGAAUGCUCUGGGCAUAGUGAGUUUAGCACACUGUCUGCAAAAUUCAAUCCCUAUACAAAUAUGCAAAUGGCUUUUUUGAGAUACUUAAAUUAUUGAACUAUUCACUGUGCCAAUGUUUACGGCUAUGUUAAUCUUUUGAUAGACGCAGUUUAUGAACAUGAGGUAACAUUUUAAUGGACAGAGGAAUUGUGGGGCAAAAAUAUGUUUGAAUAAAACAUGAACCAGGUUUGAGCCAAUUUCCCUCGUAAGGUGGCAAAAAUUAAAUAGACAAAGAGUAGAUUUUCUGAUAUUUUGUGAGUACACGAUUGCAACACUUUUGGUUAUUCUUGUUUAAGUUUUGAAAGGCAGUAGUUGUAUCUGUGAGAGCUUUUUCAUUAAUCCUUACUUUCUGGACCUGUAAUUAUUUUUUUAUUCGAAAAAAGAGACAAAUAAUAUUUCUUGGUCUAUCAUGCAUUUAAUGUAUUUUUUUUAAAGUCUUGAAGGUUCGAUUUUUACUCUAAAUACUAUCAUCCAUCUUGAUGGAUGAUAGUAUUCUCUCUAGUUGAUCUCUGAUAUUUAAUCAUUUUACUUUGUUUUUAAGCUCGUUCAUUGCUGGCAAGUGGCGGGCCGUGUUUCGUGCACCAAAAUACAAUUAUAAACUAUAUAUAUUUUAUCGUAUUUCAGCGUGUAGCUGCGAUCAUAUUUGUAAAUAGUUAUAAAUAAAUGCAUUAUACAUACAGUGUAGUUUAAAUAGCAGAUUUGAAAUUAUGUAAAUAAAUUUAUUUUGUGAGAGAGCGCUGAUGAAGGAGGCGCUCUUUCAAUUGGUGCCAA